AUGCGUAUGUAUAAAAUGACAGAUUAUUCCAAACUUAUGAGAAACUUCAAAAUGGAUAUAUCUGAGGAUAUAGUUAUAGAAAACCAGAGAGGAAUAACUUUAAUAGGCUACACGUUGUAUUCACCGCAUUUAUUAAUCCCUAGAAUCGAUCCUCCUCAAUAUCAAAUACUUUAUUUUAAAGUUAAAGAAGGGGAUCCAAAUGAUGAUGCAAAGGCUACAUUUACAUCAUUAUCGAAUAAGAUUCUUCAUUCAUUCGAACAACUGUAUCCUAUGGAUUUUCAAGAAAAUGAGGUCACUUCUAGGCAACAUAGGUGGUACGUUCUUAUGUCGGUUGAGAAUACAGAUGAUGAUGGUUGGGAUUAUAGUUGGUCAUUCCGAAGUAAAAGAUGGAAGUAUAAAAAUGGUUUAGUUAGAAGAAGAGUGUGGGUAAGGCUACCUGAGACGGAACAGUAA